UCCUUCCCUUUUCUCCAUAGACGAAGUCACGAAGACUUCUCAGAAAGACGAACGGGCGAGAUCUUCGGAGGCGCCUCGGGAUCGGGUCGCAGGGAGAGAUUGACGGCCGGAUCUAUAGUUAGGCGGUGAUGAAGCUCUCGGCGCUGGAUCUCGUGAUGGCGAUCCUCACCGGCGGCGAUGGGACGGCGCCGGAGGAUGCCGCGAGGGAGAGGGUGCUGGCGAUCAUCGUCACCGCCGGCUCGCUGCUGAUCGGCUGCGUUGUUCUCUUAUUUUGGCGCCGGUCGGCCGGCCAGAAUAGUAAUCGGCCGGCGGAGCCGGUGAGGCCUGUCGUCGUCCGGGAUGAGGCCGAGGAUGUGGACGAUGGGAAGAAGCGCGUCACUAUCUUCUUUGGCACUCAGACCGGCACCGCCGAGGGAUUCGCCAAGGCGUUGGCGGAGGAAGCGAGAGCGCGGUAUGAAAAGGCAAUAUUCAAAAUCGUCGAUCUGGACGAGUACGCUGCCGAUGAUGAUGAAUAUGAAGAGAAGAUGAAGAAGGAAACUCUUGCCCUGUUCUUCUUAGCAACAUAUGGAGAUGGUGAACCCACUGAUAAUGCAGCUAGAUUCUAUAAGUGGUUUACUGAGGGACAAGAGAGGGGAGUUUGGCUUCAAAAUCUUCAGUUUGCUGUCUUUGGUCUUGGCAACAGGCAGUAUGAGCAUUUUAACAAGGUGGCAAAGGUUGUUGAUGAGAUUCUUGCUGAUCAGGGUGGGAAGCGUCUUGUCCCUGUAGGGCUUGGAGAUGAUGAUCAAUGCAUUGAGGAUGACUUCAAUGCAUGGAAAGAGCUUGUAUGGCCAGAAUUGGAUCAAUUACUCAGGGAUGAAGAUGACGUUUCUGGUGCAUCAACCCCUUACCAAGCUGCUAUACCUGAAUAUCGUGUUGUGUUUAUUGAUUCUGCUGAUGCAUCAUUUAUGGAGAAGAAUGGGAAUCUUGCCAAUGGACAUGCUGUUCAUGAUAUCCAACAUCCAUGCAGAGCUGAUGUUGCUGUAAGGCGAGAACUUCAUACACCAGCUUCAGAUCGUUCCUGUAUUCAUUUGGAGUUUGAAAUCUCUGGCACUGGACUAGUGUAUGAAACAGGAGACCAUGUUGGUGUUUUCUCAGAAAAUUGUAUUGAGACCGUGGAAGAGGCAGAAAGGCUUUUAGGCUAUUCAUCAGACACAUACUUCUCCAUUCAUGCGAAUGAGGAGGAUGGCUCACCACGCAGUGGUGGCUCCCUAGCUCCUCCUUUCCCGUCGCCAUGUACCUUGAGAACUGCACUUGCACGAUAUGCUGACCUUCUGAGUUCACCUAAGAAGGCUGCUUUACUUGCUUUAGCUGCUCAUGCUUCUGAACCCAGUGAGGCUGAACGACUUAGAUUUCUAGCUUCCCCUGCUGGGAAGGAUGAAUAUUCUCAAUGGAUAGUUGCAAGUCAGAGGAGCCUUCUAGAAGUUAUGGCGGAAUUUCCUUCUGCAAAGCCUCCUCUUGGUGUUUUCUUUGCAGCAAUAGCUCCUCGCUUGCAGCCUAGAUAUUAUUCUAUAUCAUCUUCUCCCAAGAUGGCACCCUCAAGAAUUCAUGUAACAUGUGCCUUGGUCUAUGGACCGACACCAACUGGAAGGAUUCACAAAGGAGUCUGUUCAACUUGGAUGAAGCAUGCGACCCCUUUGGUUGAAGAUCAGGAUAGUAGUUGGGCUCCUGUCUUUGUGAGGCAAUCGAAUUUUAAACUUCCAGCAGAUACAAGUGUACCAAUCAUCAUGAUUGGUCCUGGUACAGGGCUAGCUCCUUUCAGGGGAUUCUUGCAGGAACGAUUGGCACUGAAGCAUUCUGGAGCAGAACUUGGCCAAGCGAUUCUCUUCUUUGGAUGCAGGAACCGGAAGCAGGAUUUCAUUUAUGAGGAUGAAUUGAACAAUUUUGUUGAGGCAGGUGCACUCUCUGAGCUGAUUGUCGCCUUCUCUCGUGAGGGUCCAACCAAGGAUUAUGUGCAGCAUAAGAUGACUGAAAAGGCAUCUGAGUUGUGGCACAUCAUCUCCAAUGGCGGUUAUGUUUAUGUGUGUGGUGAUGCUAAGGGGAUGGCUAGAGAUGUCCAUCGUGUUCUUCAUACUAUAGUCCAAGAGCAAGGAUCCCUGGAUAGUUCCAAAGCCGAGAGCAUGGUGAAGAGUCUGCAAAUGGAAGGGAGAUAUCUUCGCGAUGUUUGGUAAAAGCCCCGCCGGAACGAAAUUGAGAAAGUAGUGCAUGUUAAGGGAGAAAACCCUGUGGAACCGUGGAAGGAACUAUGGUUCCAUUUCGAAGUCUCUUCCUUGCACCUCAUGUUUUGUUGUUUUAGAUUAUAUGCUAUUCUUUCGACAUACUAACAGGAGUCUUCGAUGUAAUAUAGAUCCGAAAUAUAUAUUAUCUUUGCGAUUAGUGCCAUUCAUCAAGAAAAUAAAACCAAUAUUUGUAGGCAGUUUUUCUUUCGGUUGUCGAAUGGAAUGUAUUAUAUA